GCAAACUCUUUUCUCUCUCUUUCUCGAGCCCCUACCUUCUUUCCCAACCCAACCUAGGGACUAUGCUCUCUCUCUCUCUCUCUCUCUCCAGAUUCUCUGCUAAAUUUUUAUCAUUAAUUACUACUAAUUAAAACUUAUAAAAUCUAUGUUUUUCUUUUUGUUUUUGGUUCUUGUUUCCGUCGAGCUAAAUUUCUUGUGUAUACAACAAUACAACCAUUACACAUGCAGAGUCCUUCGUGGUCAAAUGGGAUGCUCCAAAACCUUUUCAAGAAUAAUCUUUGCAGAGAGAAAUAAAAAAGGAAGCAACUUUUUUUGUAAAAGAUGAGAUGGGUUCCUCUAGAUAUCCUCCAAAAGCUUCGUUUUCCUUCCCUCAUGCUCUUCAAAUCUAACCUUAUUCCUAGUUUUUGUCACAGCUUCUCCUCCUUUUUACCAGUUAUCACAAAAGAAUACGCAGAUUCCUCCAAAAAUCUACCUUUCUCUCACUUUUACCACGUCCCUGUUUUCUGAAAAAAAGACUCAACUUGGAUACAGUCAAAGAUAGAGAACAAAGGAAGAUAGUUUACGGCUUUAGGAGGAAGGAAGAGAUGGGAUGUGCAGCUUCUAGGCUGGAGGAAGAACAAGUUGUGUCUAUUUGUAAAGAGAGAAAGCGUCUAAUAAAGCUAGCAGUAGAGAGAAGAUAUGAACUUGCAGAGGCACAUUGUAGGUACUGUCAAGCUCUGUAUGCAGUAGCAGCAGCCACUAAGCUCUUUGUUGCUAGACAUUCCCCUCAUUCUUCUCCAUACCUCAUCACUUUCCCUCCUCCUUGUCCUUCACCUCCACCAACUGAUCAACAAAAUGUCAUAACCAACCCAAUGUUUCUUCAACAAAAACCAUCUGAAUCGACCCAUGAAGCUAUUAUUUGUGAGUCAUGUCAGCCUUCAACAACAUCCACGGAUUCUACCGACGAAGAGACUAAAGAAGAGGAAGAAGAAGAGGAGGCGGAAGAGGAGGAAAAGCAGCAAGCAAUGGUGAGAGAAGAACCAGAACAAGCUCGUGGGUACUUUUACAUGCAAAUGCCACCACCAAUGCCGUCUCCACAGAGAGAUUUCGGGUGGGAUUUCUUCAAUCCAUUUGACGGUGUGAGACCAGAGAGUCUCAGUGGUUACCGGAGAAGCCUUGAUGAAGAUUUGAGGGUGGUGAGAGAGGAGGAAGGGAUACCGGAGCUGGAAGAAGAAGGGGAGAGAGAAGAGGAAGAAGAAGAAGAAGAAGACGAAGAAGAAGAAGAAGAAGAAGAAGAAGAAAAAGAAGAAAAGAAGGAGGUGGUUGUUGAAGAAAAUAGUAAUAAGGAGCAUCACGAGGAGAGUGGAGGUGAAAUGGUGAAGGGGGUAGAGGGGUGUAAUGUUAGCCAUGUAGAGCAGAAGGGACUUACAAUGAUUGAUUCUCCUGAAGGGGGAAGGGAACUGCUGGAUGCAUUGAAGGACAUUGAGGAUCAUUUUGUUAGGGCUUAUGAUUCUGGCAAGGACGUAUCAAGAAUGCUAGAGGUCAAUUUGGUCCAUUUGCAGUCCGGUCUAGAGGAAAUAAAAGAGAACUCAACAAAAUUAAUCCAAGCUCUUACGUGGCACCGCUCCAUUCCAUCAAAGCCUUCUUCAUGUAAGAGUCUUGUAGCAUCUAGUUCGAAAAGUACUUCGGCAUGGACUGAAUGUAGGAACUAUCUCUUUGAGGAUUAUGGAGGAAUGGAUUCAGGAAGUCAUUCCCUCACGCUUGAAAGGCUAUAUGCUUGGGAGAAGAAGCUCUAUGAAGAGGUUAAGGCUGGAGACAGCACGAGGAAGAUUUAUCAAAGAAAAUGUUUGCGGCUGAGGAACCAGGAUGUUGAAGGAUAUGAUGAAGUCAAUGUAAACAAAACCAGAGCAGCAGUAAAAGAAUUGUAUGCCCGGACUUUAGUUGCUAUUCGAAGUGCUGAAUCAAUCUCAAAGAGAAUUCAAAAAUUAAGAGAUGAAGAACUGCAACCUCAAAUUGUUGAACUGCUAAAGGGCCUAACAAGAACCUGGAAAAUUAUGCUGGAAUCGCAUGAAACACAGAAUAAGAUCCUCUUUGAAGUGAAGUCUUUUGCCUGCCCAACAUCUGGCAAGUUCUGCAAUGAUUCUCAUCGACUUGCUACUCUCCAGCUUGAGGCUGAACUUCGAAAUUGGUGUGAAUGCUUUGAUGAAUAUGUUGCUGUACAAAAAGCAUAUGUUGAAGCUCUCUAUGGUUGGCUAACCAAGUUCCUGGUACCAGACAUGGAAUUCUACCCGAGAGGGAGGAGUUCGUCAGUGCCAUUCAAAGUUAACGGUCCCAAGUUGCUUGUGAUUUGCCAUGAUUGGUUAGCUUCCAUGGAUAUGUUACCGGAUAGAGGAGUAGCCUUUGCCCUGCAAAGCUUUUCAAAGGAUGUGAGGGCAUUAUGGCAUCACCAAGGGAAGGAACAACAGCAGAAGAGGAAAGUUGAUGGUCUAGCUAAGGAACUCAACAGGAGGACUCUAGCAUUUCAAAAGGCAGAAACCAGGUUUCUAGAGUCCAAGCUUAUGGAGCAGAAAUCUGAGUUGGAGAUGGAAAACCGGAAUGAAUACUUGACAGAGAAGAAGACUCAGUUGGAUAUCUUCAGAAAGAAGAUGGAGAUAGAAAAAGAGAAGCACCACAAUUACAUGCAAGAAACACAGAGAAUCACUUUAAAUGGAUUUCAGACUGGAUUUUCUAAUGUAUUUGAGUCAUUGACAGGAUUCUCUAAAGCCUCAUUGAAGAUGUAUAAAGACCUCAUGAUAUACAGUGAGAAUGCUGAAAAGGCUGGGAACCAAACCUAUAUUGAGGACUCCCAAGUUGACGACAAGGCCAAGAGAUAACAUGGCAUUCACUACAGUUUUAGAUCGUGAAUUCAUGGGUUCUGUAAUGGGUUUGUAUAUUGUAUGUAGUGUCAAAGCAGCUCGCGGAGACAAGUUUGUUUAUUUACAUCAGUAUUCUUCACUGGGUUUCCACUUUGUUGAGUUGAUAAUUGUUCAAUAGAUAUGUAAUGGCUUGCACAUAUGUUGUUGCAAAACCUGUAAAUUUUCAACUUCUACUUAGACAUCAAGGGACUCAGGAAGUGGAGAUUUAGCACUGAAACUCCUUAACCAUAAUUGCGGAAGUGAAUGAAUACCCUUGUGAGCUAAGGCAUUUGCCUCGGUCGAAAUAGCACUGCUUUCUACAAAAAAGCAACAGAUUCCCAGAAACAUGCCAACACUCAUCUUCCUUUUAGAGAUAUGCCACAUCUAGGCAAAAACUCAUCUUUGCUUUUCUUUUUCAACAGUAAAUGGGCAAAAUUAGUGUCCUAUGAGGAAAAUAUCAAGUUACUACCAUAAUCUGUGAUUUCUUCACCAAUUAUUCUCUU